CCUGCGGGUGGCCGAAUGGAGACCCGGACGGAGGACGAGCGGUUGGCCCGCCGCCCGACGCUGGCCUCUUCCUGGGAUGCGGCAGGCGGGGCCCUGGACCAGCGCCUCCGGGUCUCCGCAGCGGGACUGGGCGGCCGGGACCUGGACUGGGACGAGCUGCUGGCGCCGCCGGCCCCGGGCCAGGAUCUGGCGGUGCUGAAGCGGAGCCCGGGGAGCCGCGGCGAGGAGCCCUGCUGCCUGCACCUGGCCUGCGACCCCGACGGCGGCGCGCAGGUCGGGGCGGUGGGCGUCCUGAGCUCCGCCCGGAACAUGGAGGUGUACGUGGGCGCCGAGUACUGCGGCACCGGCAGGGGCAGCAGCGUCGGCACCGUCCUGGACCGCAGAGAACAUGAAAACAUUAUCUUGUACAAAAAAUAUCUGAAAUUGGAGUCCUCCGCACAUGCUUGUAAAGUAAAGUUGCUGUCCUUCGGUGAAAAGCAGUGUGUGUUCGUCAGUCACGUCGUGGUGCACGUACAGCCCGUUUCAGCAAAUUCCUCAGCGAGCUCCCCUGCUCUGGGGUCCAGGGUGGACCUGGAGAGGGUCCAGACCAUGGUGGAGUCCAUGGGGUCACCGUUGUCACCUGGAGCUCAGCAACUGAUGAGAAUGGUUAGAUUCCAGCAGCAGAACGGCGUCCCCAUCGGAGAGCAGCUGCAGUCGGUGUUGGGAAAUGCUGCGCAGCGGAUGGCGGGUCUGCAGUCGUCUUCGCCCCUAGGGGCCAUGGACGGGUUGUCCCCCAGCCCUUCCCCCUGCAGAGCUGCGUUGCCCGCGGGAAGGCUGGAGGAAGGCCUGGCAGCUGGCACUGAUGGGCGGUCACGGCCCCCCGGGGAGGCACUCAGGACAGCCCUCGGGCAGUGGGAACCUCUGCCACAGGAGCGGGCUCUUCCUCCGAGCGCCCGUGAGCACGCGGUGUCUGCCUUGGUCCCCGAGCGAGCUGGCGGCCGCUCCGGUCCCCCGCAGGCGGACGUGCUGUCUCUUCUCCAGAGCCUGUGUGGCCAGGCGAGCCGUCUCCGUGUGGAGCCCCACCGCGAGUGGCCGGGACCCGGCCCCAAGCCCCGGGACGGCCUCGUGGAUGCUGCGAUGGGAGAACAGCCUGUGUGCUCCUACUUGGAAAAGAUUCUCUCUAAGAACAUGGAACGGCUGGAGAAGAAGCUCGCAGACUACAUUGACCAGCGAAUAUAUAGACUCCAGGAGCACUUUGAUAACAAGAUUGCUCUGUUGAUGGACUUGCUGCAAAGCCCCAGCUCGCCACCCCAUGGGCUGCCUCUCAGACAUUACGACUCUGGAGAGACUCUUUCAAAUGGGGAGCGAUAAGUGCUCCGCAGGCAAGGUGCCCACAGGUGUUUCUUACGUGUUGACGACAAAGCUGAGACCCGCAGCUCGAACCGGUGCUCAGUGUCCCUGCGGGAACGUGACCUCAGCGUCCACUGUGCCUGCGCUUGUGACUGCAGACCCGGUGCUGUGGGUGAGAGUGAGCGUGAUGGGUCCGAGUUACCUCGUUUGCACCGUGUUCACAGGACAGAAAUGUACGUGCCCGUCUGUGUUGUGUCGGGGUUUAAAAUCUUUAGGGAUUUAUAAUGGUGUUUGAUAGAAGUUUUUUAUUUAUAAAUGACUAUUUCACAGUAUUAGAAGUUUGAAAAAUGAUGCUCAAAGUAUUUGAUUUUUUUUUCUUUGAAAUUGGAUACUGAAGACUUGGAACCUUUAAGUCCGAUCGGUGAUUUCCACACUCACGUUGCUCGGGGCGGGUGAGGCGCAUGCGCCGGCCCCUGCAGUCUGGGCUGUUGGUUCCAGGCCUGUGGCAGGACGGGAAGCAGCCGUCAGCACUGUCUUCUUGUGGGGCUGUCCUGUAGCUCUCGGGCCGGACGGAAAGCCAGAGAAGUUACCUGUUGUAGCUCAGCCCAGACAGGAGGGCGAACUCCCGCUGUGGGUGGAGACGGCUCCUCUCUGCGGAGCCUGCGGGGUGUUGCCGUGCGACGUGCUGGGGCUCUGCGUGGAAGGAGGGAGGCGCGUGACCUGACGGUGGGGGUUCACUGGCGGACUCAGUGUGCAGACAUUAUCACUAUCGGAUGUGUGCUGAUGGGUGAUGCAUCUGCAAAUGGAAAGCAA